AAUAAUAUCAAUAUUCUUGUUGUUGUUUUCUUUCUAUCUGUCUGGUUUUUUUAAAGGUCUAAUAACGUUUUUUUUUUAGGAUCUCGUAAUCUGAAUGAUGAGCGUGAUAUGCGUUCACCAGGUGGUGCUAUAGGUAUGACAAUAAAUGAAAAAGCUGAUUUAUCUAAUCUGACAUAUUCAUUAAUGGAAAUUGAACAAGGUGAUUUUGUAUUUUUAACGACAGAUGGUAUUAGUGAUAAUUAUGAUCCUUGUGUAAGUGGUUCUGCAGCUAGUAUUAAAACUCCAUUACUUAUUCGAAAAUCAAGUAAUUCAAUAUCAGAAAUACCACCUACAUUAAUGACUGCUUAUGAAAGACAUUUAUAUAGUCUUCGUCGUAUAUAUUUAUCUAUAGCUGAUAAUGAAGAACAAUUGAAUGCUUUCGAUCUAUGUAAUCGUUUAUUACAAUAUGUUAUUCGAUUAACUGAUGAACAAAGACAUAUAAUUGAACAAGGUGUACGUGAGAAUGAAGGUAUACAAGGUUUAGCACGUAAUCAAUUUGAAAUUGAAAUGCGAAAUAAAGUUGGAAAAAUACCCGGAAAAUUAGAUCAUGCAUCAAUUGUUGUUUAUCAAGUCAGAUAA